CCGUAAAACCAACGAAGAAGAAGGAGAAGAAGAAAACGAUGUUGUAGCCGUUGCGUGGAUCAGUGUUUGACUUCUAGUGAAGCGACAAUGUCUUCAGUUGAGUGUUUGAGAGAGUUUGUCAACGAGCGACUAAAUGCUGCUGCUGAAGAAAUAUUCGGAGUUUUCCAAGAAGCUGUCGUCGAGUACGAGACAGAGAUCGACCGGCAGCGCAGACUGCUGGAUGUCGUUUGGAAACCCGAAAUAAAGUUACACAGGAUAGAGCUCCCACAGCAACAUGUGUGUAAGGAGGAGGAGGUUAUCUCUGACCAGCAGCUCUGUGUUCAGGAGAGGAGCUCCAGUCUGGACCCAGAGCCUCCUCACAUUAAAGAGGACCAGGAGGAACUCUGCACCAGUCAGGAGGGAGAGCAGCUUGUACUGAAGCAGGAGACUGAUACCUGUAUGUUGACUCCUACUGAUGAGGAAAGUGACCACCAGCUCCUCUCUCACAACUCUCAUGUAGCUGAGAGCCAAGAUCAGAAAGGAGGCAAGCAUGGAGACUCAGGCUCAACUAAUGCAGAGCCAAAUGAACAGAAUCUACAUCACGAAAGCACAAGUCACAGUAACAAUGUAGACAACCCUAACCUGUCAAAGAUGCACUGUGAUACUCACACAGGUAAACUGCCUUUCAAAUGUGACACAUGUGGAAAAGACUUUCAGUAUAAAUCAUCACUAGAGUCACAUCUGAGAACCCACACAGGUGAGAAGCUGUUUGCAUGUAAAAUAUGUGGGAUAGCUUUCAUAAAUAAUGGUCACUUGGUAACUCACAUGACAACCCACACAGAUGAGAAGCCGUUUGCAUGUAAAAUAUGUGGGAGAGCUUUCUCAAGUAAUAGUUACAUGAAAGUCCACAUGAGAACCCACACAGGUGAGAAGCCAUAUUCUUGCAAAUCAUGUGGGAAAAGAUUCACGACUAAAUCAACAUUGGGCUAUCAUAUAAGAACCCACACAGGAGAGAGGCCAUAUUCUUGCAAAACAUGUGGGAAAGGAUUCACGACUAAAUCAACAUUGCAUUAUCAUAUAACUACCCACGCAGGUGAGAAGCCAAAAACAAAUUCCACUGUAAUGAUAAAUUGAAAGUACACAUGAAAAUGCACAUGGGGGAAAAGCUGCAUCACUGCAGCACAGAGGUUCCAGAGAUUAAAGAGUAAUAGGAGGAACUAAAAGGAGUUUGACACUCCUGACUUCAGGGUUACACUCUGUAAUAUCCUCAUAUCUACAUGAGGACCGUGUCCUCUUCCACUGAGACCGCCAUGUUGCCUUUUUAGAAUCCCAGAACAGACGAACCAAACUCUGGCUCUAGAAAGGGUAAUAUGUUACUGCAUUGAAUGCAACUUUUUAAUUGAACAAUGAUGACACUGAGCAUGGAUGAUUGUAGCAACAUUGUUCAUAUCAUUUGUUAUACUGCUGCACAUUGUUUGAAGACUGACUGUGACAGAACAUAUUGCUGAAAAGACCAGAAGAUAUAGAAGCUUAAGGAGAACAUUCAUAUCACACAUGUUGGUUACCAAGGUUUGUAAAUAAUGUAUACAUUGGGGUGGUGAUGGCCUAGUAGUCUAGGUCGGGAGUUCAAUACCAGGCUGCCACCAUUGUACCCCUGAGCAAGGUACUUAACCCUGAGUUGCUCCAGGGAGACUGUCCCUGUACUUAGUUCAAUGUAAGUCGCUCUGGAGAAGAGCGUCUACUAAAUGACCUGUAAUGUAAAAUUGUCUUGAAGAGAUGCUAUCAAGUAAUUUCUUUCUAAAUGCCACAAAUAUUGUGACUAGAAAAAUGUAUACCAAUUAAAUGUUAACGUUCAUUAAUAUUUUCUUAUUUGUUUUUUCAGUUUUAAUUUCUUUUGUAUGAACAUGGAGAUAAUGGUAUGUGUUGUAUUUCAUGCCAAGUAAUUACAAUAAAUGAAUUUACUUCCCUUAAAGAUCUCCUUUUA